CCUCCCACCCCACCCAUCCACAUCUGUCCGCCCACACCCUAACCAACCAUGGUGGCGGCGGCUGGAGAAGCCCCGGCGCUGUCGCUCCGGGAGAUGGACAUACUUAUGAUGGUCGCCGCCGACGUCCACCUCGGUACCAAGAACUGCGACUGUCAGAUGAAUCGCUACAUCUCCAAGCGCCGCGAAGACGGCAUCUACAUCAUCGACCUCGGAAAGACAUGGGAGAAGCUUCAGCUCGCGGCGAGAGUCAUCGUCGCCAUCGAGAACCCGCAGGACAUCAUAGUCCAGUCGUCCCGCCCCUACGGCCAGCGUGCCGUCCUCAAGUUCGCGCAGUACACUGGCUCAACGGCCAUGGCCGGAAGGCAUACUCCUGGUACCUUCACCAACCAGAUGCAGACCUCCUUCAGCGAGCCCCGUCUGCUCAUCGUCACUGACCCAAGGACCGACCACCAGCCUAUCAAGGAAUCUGCACUUGGCAACAUACCUACAAUCGCAUUGUGCGACACUGAUUCUCCCAUGCGAUAUGUUGAUAUCGGCAUCCCAGCAAACAACAAGGGGAGAAACAGCAUUGGCUGCUUGUUCUGGCUCUUGGCCAGGAUGGUUCUGCAGAUGAGGGGCACUAUUCUGCCUGGUCGUAAGUGGGAUGUCAUGGUUGAUUCGUUUUUUUACAGAGACCCUGAGGAAGCCAAGGAGGAAGAGGUGGACGCUGCUGGACCAAUGUAUUCUACUGACCUUGCUGAUUAUUCAGCAGCUUCUGGUGGUCGAUGGGCAUCGGUAGAUUUUACCAUGCCUGUUCUAAAUGUUGAGUUUCCCAUGGCUGAAGACAUUGAGGAUCUCAAGGAGCCUGAUUCAACAGCUGGUCCAUGUGGUGGUGACCGAUGGAUCUCUCAUGUACCUGCACCCCUGCCUGAUGCUUAUGCUGACUGUCCAAUAUCUCAAGACAUUGAGGAUCUCAAGGAUCCUGAUUCAGCAACUGGUCAAUGUGGUGGUGAUCAAUGGACCUCUCAUGUACCUUCACCCCUGCUUGAUGCUUAUGGUGACUGGCAAAUAUCUCAAGCAGCUUCUGAUGUGGAUGGUGCCAUGCCAGUUUUUCUUGCCGAGUUCCCCAUGGCUGAAGACCUUGUGGAAGACAAAGAGCAGGAGGAAGCUGCUGGAGCCCCAGAGUAUUUUGUUGAUGCUGAUGCAGCUUCUGAUGUGGAUGGUGCCAUGCCAGUUUUUCAUGCCGAGUUCCCCAUGGCUGAAGGUCUGGCUGUUGGUCUUGAUCAAUGGGAUGAAGAAGGGGCACCUGUUGCUGUGGAAGGUGUCGCUCCUGCCACCUUGGCUCGUACAACUCUGAUGCAGUAGCGCAACUUGUGGGGCUUAACUCUUAUGAAGGAACUUAUAUUUAGGAUUUUUUAGAUGAGCAUCAUUGUGAUGGAGCUUCAGAGAUGUGUUAUAUGUUACUUGACUGUAAACCUGUUGGUCCUUUAAUUUUGUGGCUCACAACUGAAGAACAAAAUUAGUACUAUGACAUGCUGGGUUGAGACUUAUAUAUGCUCACUUGUGGUUUGUAUCAAUUAGGAUAUGAGAUUGCUAUUUCGCUCA